AUGGCCGUCUGGGAUCUUGUUCUUGGGAGAGGAAACUGCAAUUCUACUGAUAAGCUUGCGAAAAGACUGAUUAGAUUUGCAAAGAAGGAACAUACCUCUCUUCGCGCGCUCAGUCCCAAUCAGAUGGAAGCUUUGGACACUCUGAACACUCGCCGACGGUUUACGGAAGUAUUUCGUCGACAGACUGCAGCCGCCGCGGCGACAGUUACUGUUGUCACGUCGGGUUCGGAAGAAGACCUGAAAACGUCCGUACCGUUAGGGACACACGAGGUCGAGGUCGAAGUCGAAGAGCGCGACGAAGGGGAUUUCUGUGAAUCUUUUCUGUAUGGUUGCCGUCGAGACGCGGCCAUCCUUUCUUCUUCCGGUUCCAGAACCGAGGUACGGAAAGUACCCUGA